AUAUGCUAUCUUUAGCUGAUAUGCUGCCUGAAAUGUGUAUACCUCAUUUUUUUUCAGGGUAAGAUACCUUUACUGUAUCCAGACACAAAAAACUGCAGGCCUUCGCUUCAUAUUUACUUGCAACAGGCCGUGCAGAAACUAGAGAAAAUGGAGUAAACAACCUGGAAAACUUACAUGAAACCUCAAGCGUGGUUGAAUUUCGAAGUGUUCUGACUUGUUUUUUGUCCCUGACUUUAAAUCCAGUGUGUGCAUUUUUGUACACUUAUUUUACCCGUAUCACAAUCAAGAGCUAAUUAUGUUAAAUGUAUGUGGCCCAGUUUUAAGAACUGGAGAAUUUGAUGAAGAUGACCUUACUUGUGCCUUGAGUUCCUAGUCUUUACUGUCGAGAGGGAGUAUCUAUUUCAGUUUUUCCACAUUGUUUUGUUCUCUAGCCAAUCUCUUUCCCAGAAUUUACUUUCCCACCUAAACUGGUUAUUAUGCUUUUAAACUAUGCAUUGUAAAAACGCAGCGUUUUUGCUUAUACAAAACGCUGUUUUGCCUGUUUCUUAUAAAGACAGUGGGUAGAACUAAGCUGUGCAGUUGCACUUCCUUCAAAAAGGUUGAGUUGGAGGUAUUGUUUUGGUACCUGUUCGGACAAGACAGGGCAAAAUUGGUUUUCUUGACAUUAUCUCAAGCCACAAAAAAAUAGCUUUCUUCACCCGGAUGCCUUCCCACCCCAUUGCUGUGUGGCCAGUGUUUGAUGCUUCUCGCUCACAUCACAAAGUUCCUUUCAUUCUAAACAGGAUCAAUUCUCAACAGCUGUUCCCAGCUUCUAGGCUCCAGUUUUACCUAGGCCGAGCUUUAAAGUCACUGAAGCAGCUCUUAUGGCGUGUGCUCCUGGUUACCCUGCCAGGCCACGGGGCGAGGUGCUCGGGGGUUCGGUGGCGGGCAGCGAGCCCCGCGGGGCCGCUGUCCCCGGGAGCGCGAGGCCGGACGGCGGAGUCACAGGCCGAGUCCCACUUCGCGUUUGGGCCCGGAGGUCACUCGCAACCGAUUCAGUCUGCAGUUCCAAAACCUCUUCCGCCAGGAUCUCGUCCCGAUUCCAAAGUAACCCUGGUCCUGCCGGUCUCCGCCGGCACGGAGGACCAACGCUGGCCCCAGGCGCUGCCAAUCUGCAGAUCCGCCGGGCCGGGAACGCGCACCUCUCUGCUUUACGGCAAGGGAGCGCGCGUUUGCGACAAUGUGACGCCAGCAAGUUUUGGCGGGAAAAGCCCUGCAUUUGGAUUCCUGUGGUGGCGGGCAAAGGACGGCCUGCCGCGGGACUGAGUGGAGUCAUGGCAGUGCCCUUUGUGGAAGACUGGGACUUGGUGCAAACCCUGGGAGAAGGUGCCUAUGGAGAAGUUCAACUUGCUGUGAAUAGAAGAACUGAAGAAGCAGUUGCAGUGAAGAUUGUGGAUAUGAAACGUGCCAUAGACUGUCCAGAAAAUAUUAAGAAAGAGAUCUGUAUCAAUAAAAUGUUAAAUCAUGAGAAUGUAGUGAAAUUUUACGGUCACAGAAGAGAAGGCAAUAUCCAGUAUCUAUUUUUGGAGUACUGCAGUGGGGGAGAACUUUUUGAUAGAAUAGAGCCAGACAUAGGCAUGCCUGAACAAGAUGCUCAGAGGUUCUUCCAUCAACUUAUGGCAGGGGUGGUUUAUCUGCAUGGUAUUGGAAUAACUCACAGGGAUAUUAAGCCCGAAAAUCUCCUAUUGGAUGAAAGGGAUAACCUCAAAAUCUCUGACUUUGGCUUGGCAACCGUGUUUCGGCAUAAUAAUCGGGAGCGUUUGUUGAACAAGAUGUGUGGUACUUUACCAUAUGUUGCUCCAGAACUUCUAAAGAGAAAAGAAUUUCAUGCAGAGCCAGUCGAUAUUUGGUCCUGUGGAAUAGUACUUACUGCAAUGUUGGCUGGAGAAUUGCCAUGGGACCAGCCUAGUGAUAGUUGUCAGGAAUAUUGUGAUUGGAAAGAAAAGAAAACAUACCUCAACCCUUGGAAAAAAAUUGAUUCUGCUCCUCUAGCUCUGCUACAUAAAAUCUUAGUUGAGAACCCAUCAGUAAGGAUUACCAUCUCAGACAUUAAGAAAGACAGAUGGUACAACAAACCACUCAAGAAAGGGGCAAAGAGGCCCCGGGCUACUUCUAGUGGUGUAUCAGAGUCUCCUGGUGGAUUCUCUAAGCAUAUUCAAUCCAACUUGGACUUCUCUCCAGUAAACUGUGCUUCUAGUGAAGAAAGUGUGAAGUACUCCAGUUCUCAGCCAGAACCACGGACAGGCCUUUCGUUAUGGGACACCAGCCCUUCAUACAUUGACAAACUGGUACAAGGGAUCAGCUUUUCCCAGCCCACUUGUCCUGAUCACAUGCUUCUGAAUAGUCAAUUGCUCGGCACUCCAGGAUCCUCGCAGAACCCCUGGCAGCGCUUAGUCAAAAGAAUGACACGAUUUUUUACCAAAUUGGAUGCAGACAAAUCUUAUCAAUGCCUGAAAGAAACUUGUGAGAAAUUGGGCUAUCAGUGGAAGAAAAGUUGUAUGAAUCAGGUUACUGUAUCAACAACUGAUAGAAGAAACAAUAAGCUGAUUUUCAAAGUGAAUCUGGUAGAAAUGGAUGAGAAGAUCUUAGUUGACUUCCGGCUUUCUAAGGGUGAUGGAUUGGAAUUCAAGAGACACUUCCUGAAGAUCAAGGGGAAGCUGAGUGAUGUUGUGAGCAGCCAGAAGGUUUGGCUUCCUGUCACAUGAUAGAUCCACUGGUUCUGGGAUUCCUGGUAAAUAUAGUGCUGCUAUGUGGACAUUAUUCUUCCUAGAGAAGAUUAUCUCUUCUGCAAACUGCAAACAAUAAUCCCUGAAGAGUUGUCUUCCCUCUAGCGAAACAUUUUCCAAUUCUUUUGUAUAUUCUUCAUACAAAUAAUAAUCUAUAUCCUAACUGUAAGUGAAACUUUGGGGAAAGGGUAGAUAGAAUUCAUUUAGAUAUUCCUUCAUUUGCAUUUAGCGUCUGAAUUGAGACCCGCCUGGUGGAAACCAUGCUCUGGGGUUACAUGAGUUUAUCAGCUUUUAUACCAAUAUAAUGAAAAAUGUUACUCUUGUCCCAUUCUACCAAAACAUUUGGUUCCAUCCAAAAAGUACAUAUUUCCUGCACAUUGACUUAAUCACAUGGAUAAAUUAAAAAAACAAAAACAAAACCACCUUGUUAUUUGUGGGACAGUAAAUUUAUCAGUCUGUGAAUUGAAGCCAGCUUCAAAAUGUAUACCCCAAGAUUUGUACUUAAAAGGGCCUGACCAGGUACAUAAAGCUGUUUUUGAAGAAUAAUUAAAAUUGCAAGUAGGUAUGUUUUUUUCUGGUAUAGUUAAUAUGUAUGAUUGGUCUUUCAAAUAGAAGUUGAGCAUAAACUCUAGUGCUUAACUACUUUUACUUGGAAUUACUGUUGCACAUUUUAAAUAUUUUUCUAUAUUAUUUUCUACUUUCACAGCCAUAUUUUAAUUCUUUAUUACAUAAAUAAAUUCUAUUUUGAAAAUGAA